CCCACGUGAUGCAUCGCGGGUUUGUAUCAGCCCACGUGACGCAUUGCGGGUUUGUAUCAGCCCACGUGAUGCAUUGCGGGUUUGUAUCAGCCCACGUGAUGCAUCGUCGAUGCUGGUGGUCGCACAGGAUUCCUCCGUCACUUACUUUAUCUGCCCUCCCCAGGGACACUGCUUCAUCUUCAGUUGGUGCCAACAGCCUCGGCGAGUAACCUGGCCCGUGCGAGCCUUCCCACACAUGGGGUCCAUCUGCGUCACGCUGCUCCUCGAAGCGCGCCCUGCGACUCUGACCCCCGGAGGCUGCGAGGGGCUUCUCCCUGGAGGGCGACCACGUUUCCUCCACAGCCGUCAGCCAAACACCGUGGCGCACAGGUGGACGCGGGCACACGUGGGCGGUCCAGGUGCCUUCUCUCAGGCCAGGGAUUUGCAAAAGUGUGAAACGAUGUCCUCUUUUCAGUAAUGCUUUUGAAGAUGUAAUUUUUGAGUAAAGCUGUGUUAUUUAUAGCAUCAUACAAUGAGCUUAUUCUUUCAUGAUGUGAUAGCUUCUAAAUUUCUCGGUUUAAAUUUUUAAUGCGGUAAAUAUCAGUAACUUUUGGGAUUCUCGGUAACUUUUCGAGUGUAAAGUGGUUUGGAAACCAGGAAGUUAAAGAGUUGCUGCCGUAAGUUAUUAUUCUAGAAGUGAGGUUGGUGGGUAAAAGGUACAUGCUUCAUGUUUUCACGGACACCGCCAGCUUUCCCUUCGAGAGUGAGCUGCGUCCGCUUACAUCCCGUGUCAGACCCUCGCGGCCCGACCAGCCCUGCACCUUCAGUCGCCCAAUAAUCCGGAUCGCUUGAGAGUGAAACGAGUUCGGCUGUUUUUGGAAACUGUUCUUGCUCCUUUUUUUCAGAUGAUAAAGGAACAGCGUCCACAUUUACGGAAGGAGUGUGGCGGGGCCCGCGGUAGAGCUCGCUGGUAAGACAGGGUUGGGCCCAGCCUGGUCUUCCCGGCUCGGACGGUGACCCUGUGUGAAACAGCUGUGCCCCACAUGGCUCAGGAACGCUGGACGCCCAACUCGAAGGCUUUUAAAACACCUCACCGUUUACAGUGCUUCUGUGUCCUGUUCGCUGUCACGCGUAAACGGACGUGUGGUAGCCGUCGGCAACCGAAUAAGCGAGUUCUCACUGCACGCGCAGUCCCCAGAGUUGUGACAUAGGCACAAAUGAAAAUUCACCUUGCUGCACAGUAAGCGGCCAAGAAGCGGGGGUCCGGCUGGAUAAUGACGCGCUUGACGUCGUAAACGGGAAAACGAGCUCUUCAAGUCACCAUCAAACAGCGUCACGGAAAGGAAGACAGAGGCUGCCGGAGCGAGACCGGAUGCGCGGAUGCGCGGAUGCGCGGAUGCGCGGAUGCGCGGAUGCCCGGAUGCGCGGAUGCCCGGAUGCCCGGAUGCCCGGAUGCCCGGAUGCCCGGAUGCGCGGAUGCCCGGAUGCCCAGGGCCGGCCACGUGCACGUGCAGCCCAACCUGGCAAAUUUCCAGCUUCAGACAGGAAGCCAAAAAUGCAGCUUCAAAGCCUGAAACCAGCGCCUGCAGCACGUGGGGACCAGGUGAGCGAGGUCACCUCUUGCACGGGGCCAAGUUCCUGUCUGAUCAUUUCACGACUCACGUCACGGGGAGACAAGCAGCCAUCUACGCAAACGGGAUUAUGGUCAUUUUAAGCCGAGGAUACUGGUCUGCAGCCCUAGCUCCUGACCCCAGCAUGGAGAGAAGCCGGGCGCGUGGUGUGCCGCGGUCCAGGCAGGCCAGCUUCGUCCUUCUGGGAGGUGGCGAUGCUAUGACCGAGCGAACCCGGGACUCCAGCAGCAGAGCGCCAGGGGUGGUGGGGUGGCCUCGGAGCAUCGUCCCUCACUCUCUGAUGCUCCUCUGGAGAUUUGCUUGUCACACGCAGAAUGCGGUGGAAGUACCCGUAGGUCAUUUUCUGCAUAACCACAGCACGCUCGUUGGCUUUAUCCUGGCUCCCUCCCUUGCCUCACUCUGGGGCGAGCCGGCCAUGUCACAGAGACCCAGGAGCGCUGGGGAGAGGCCAUGUGGUGAGGGACGAGGGUCACCGCCAACAGCCAGGGGAGAACAGAACUCCCCUGCCAGGGGCCGUGCGCGUCACCAUCGAGGCAGUGGGCCCCCGGCCCCGGCCGAGCCUUCGGGUGACAGCGGCUCCAUCCAGCACCUCGACUGCAGCCUCAGGAGAGACUCUAAGCCACAGCCACGCACCGAGCUGCCACCACAACUCUGAACUGCCACACUGAGCCAGCGAAUGUUUGCUGUUCGAAGCUGCGAAGUUGGUCUCACACAGCGUAACUAAUGCGGAAGAGGAGAAGGUGUUUCUGGGCCGUCACCCCGACUCCACGGGAGAAUGUGGCAGGUACGUGGGCGAGGCGCGCGCCCAGCAACGCGGGCCGGUAAGGUUUCCGAAGCUUUAGUGACGUGAACAUUUGCCAGAGUGGAAGAUGUUUGUCCCCUUGGAUAUGCGUAUGCUGCCUACACGUUUAUUAACCUUCUUCCCUUGUGUGAGUCUAAAAACCCUGGAAUUUGGCCGUGAGAACCAGAGCUGGCGCCCACAGGCGGGACACAGGCAAGCGCCCGCCCCUCACGUGUCUUCCUGCAAACCUUGCCCGCGUGUCAGCGUAGACCCUGUAGGGGUGGUGAAGCCCGUCAGGGCGAGAUUGUUUUGCUUGGAAUAAUUCCUCCUUGGUAUUUCUCACGAUUAAGGUUUUAAUCCACCUGAACAGGGCAGGAGGGUGCAUGGGUUUUACGUAGCCAUCGAAUACCUACAUCUACCCUAAAAACCUUCACGACGAUAGUGACAGCAACAUGCAUUUCUAAAUUAUUCUGAGAGUCAGAUUUGUAGCACUAUUUUAAAGUACUGAAAUAGUAUUUUUGUUGGCAUACUGCAAUUACACCGCUACUUAAAAAAUUAAAAUCAGAAGUGCUUAGCAUUUUAAAAUUACUAUCGCUGGCUCAAUUACUUGACUUUAUGUAAAACAGAGGAGCAGUGCGCAGUGUGGCAGGUUUCCCCCGGAAAAACUCGCCCACACUCAAGCGCCUCUCACGAGCAAGGGCGCCAUUGAUACCUUUCGGGAUAAAAAUAAUACC